UAAAAAAGAAAAAAAAAACAGACGACCUUAACACGACCGUUCUAUGCUUGCUUCGCCCACCUUGACUUGCCUCGCGUUGAAGCGUAACAGAUGUGGGCAGUGCUGCGUCUGACGUACAGCCUGCAUGACUUGAGCUCAGACAAACUUUGGUGCAGCUAUUCACGUCUGUGCAAUCAUGGAGUCUGAAACACGACAACAACGGUUCUGCUUUUUGUGGCGAACUGUAUUGUUUGUGGGACUGUGGCAGCUUUCCAGGACUGGAGGGGGUUGGUGUUUUGGAGGAGGGGAAGUUGCGGGAGCAUCACGGUAUUUCGCAAUUUCAAAGAAAUCCCCUCUAGCGAAAACGACAAAUUGCCCUGCAGAUGGACGCACCUGGGUGCCCUUUGAAAAUAGCUGCUACCAUUUUGUACAUGGAGAGGAGGACACAGCAAAAAGUUACAGUAUUGCAGAGGCCAAGAAAUUCUGUGCUGCAAAUGGCACAGACCUUGUGCAGAUCUCCAGUGCAGCAGAAAAUGAGUUCAUCGUCAAAUACAGUCCCAGCGUUUGGAAAGGAAACCUGAAUGUGUGGCUGGGCAUGUCGUACAACCCCACAGUGAGGAAGUUCCAAUGGUUCGACCAAUCGGACUUGGGCUAUAAGAACUGGGAGGUGAGUUCGGAGCUGUCUCCCAUCAACACCUGUGUGGCACUGCACCUGAGCACCGGCAAGUGGAUCAAAGUGAGCUGUGCGGACGAUCCACAGUACGGUGUGGUCUGUCAAGCCCCAGGAGAAACAGACGAGGAUUGUCCUAAGGAUGGGAAGGUAUGGAAGGCCUCUGGGACGCGGUGCUACCAUUAUGUGGAGAUGGGGGAGCCAGCCAAGACCUACACCUUUGAGGCUGCCAGAGAGCUGUGCAAGGGCUAUGACCUUCUGCAAAUAAAUGACGCCGAAGAAAACCAGUAUAUUGUCGACUUUGGCCCCAAUGUCUGGAAAAGCAACAUCAACAUUUGGCUGGGCAUGUAUUAUGAUACAGACGUGGAUGAUUUCCGCUGGUUUAGUAGCAACCUGUCGAUGAGCUACACUCACUAUGAGGACACAGCGGAUGUGACGAAUGGGGACACCUGUGCUGCCAUGCACCUGGGCAGCGGCCAGUGGACUAAGGUCAGCUGCAAAGAGGACAUGCAGCACGGAGUCGUGUGUGAAGCUGCCAACAAAGCUGUGGAAUCAGACAAAGCCAAGAACAGCCCUCUGCUGACGGCCCUGGUGGUGCUGAGUGUGGUGGGUAUCCUGUGCAUGUCGGCAGUGCUGUGGGUCGUGCACCAGAGGAACAACCCCGGUACCUCCAUCCUCACUGCCUUCGAGUACCACCCGCCCUUCCAGUCGCCUGGCGGUGACCAGACGUGCCUGGUGUCAGUGGACGACAACGAUGAGCCCUAGAAGGGCCAGCAGGCAGGACAGAGGACAGAGCCUUGGGGUUGGGGCACACACACACUACUCUAGCUUGGGUUACUGACUUGUGACACUGUUGUUGUUGUUUUUUGCAUGGAGUGUGUGGCAACACUUUGGUUCCUGAUGUUAUUAAUGUGCAACAAGGCAGUCUGUACACAGUAACACACCAUUUGCUGUUGAGCUUCAAUAAUUUGAUCAUUCGGCAAAGUUGAUGAUUUGCUUGAAAAAAUAAAAUGGCAUAUGCCUUUUUUCUGUAGAAAGACGGGGGAAGUCCCAACACUGAUGACAUGACAUACUUUAAAGGACAUUUCUUUUCUGUGGCAUUUGUAAAUGAUUUAAGAUCCAGUUGAACUUUCUCACCCCACUUAGGCCGGGGACAUGUUUGCUGUGUGCCUUAAAUUUACGCAUGCAACCACCUGCGACCGAGCGCACAUACUUGCCACAGGAUGACCGGAUCACUUUGCAUGAUACUGGAGGUAUCAUCGAGGAGGCAGAUAACCAGUGGGGCUCUCAUGAAUAUUUUCCACCAUUAUUUGACUCUAGACAGGAGAUAGUAGGAGAAGUUCGGGAGAUUGCCCCUCCCAGUUUUGUCAAUAUUGCACUAUAUAUACACGUGUCUGUGUACCUUGUGCCAGGUGUUCUCCCGCACGAAAAAUUGACAUAAAAAACAUGGCAACGCGUUCGUGCACAAAAUGUGCCCGCGCACGCGUAGCCUGCAGCAAGCAUGUCCCGGGCCUUAUUCUAUAUUAUAUGCUGCCCAGUGUAACAAACAAAAAUGAAACAUCUGUCUGUUCAUGACAUUAGCCAUUGCUUUUGUAGAAAUUGCAUUUGGUGGCCUCUUGACCUACUGUAUGAGAUUACUGGCAACCUUUUGUGCAAAUGUAACAGGUUUAAUAUGCACAUGUUUAACAUGCUUCAGGAGGCUACUAAGACUCUAGCACACGCGUGCACAUUCAUCGCAUUCAGUCAUACUUUCUCAACCACUGUGAUUUCUCAACCGCUAACACUUGGCAUGUAGCUUUAGUUAGUUCUCACAUAUGGAGUGUGGUCAACACUAGUCAUGUCUCCUACAUCUAGGUCAACAACAUGGCAGGCUAUGUGUACAUAAUGGCCUUUCUCACACAUCACUCUGCACAUGGUAUUCUAACUAGAAGUCAAACCGAGGUUAAAUUGGACCCCCACUCUGGAAGGCUCCUAUUGUUUUGCCUCAGAAACGUCUAUUUCUUUUAGCACAGAUGUCCAACCAAAUAUCCUGCUUAACCAACGGCUCAGUGGGGAGACACGCACUGCUCUAGAAUAGUGUAGUUUAAAGGGGCACUGUGUGAGAUGUUUAGUUGUUCAUUUCCAGAAUUCAUGCUGCCCACUCAUUAAUGUUACAUUUUUCAUGAACACUUACCACCACUAUCAAAUUCUAAGUAUUCAUUAUGACUGGAAAAAUUGCACUUUUCAUACAAAAGGGGGAUCUUCUCCAUGGUCCGCCAUUUUGAAUUUCCUAAAAUAUCCAUUUUUAGCUGCAAAAAUGACUGUAAUUGGACCAUACUCGAAAAUAUUUGUUUAUUACUUCGUUAACUUUCAUGUAAAGAUCAAAUUUGGCAAUUGACAGCCCAGUUUCAAUGAGCAGCAUAGUUGCAGUACCUUUUUGACCAUUUCCUGCACAGUGUCCCUUUAAUGAAAUGUGAAUUAUUUUAUUGAAAAAAAAGAAAGAAAGUAGAUUUUUUUUAUUCAAUCCUACAACCAAUCAUGGAAGUUAGCAGAGGACAUCCUUCCUCUUUAUGUGCCUUUUUUUUAUUGUGUUUGUCUGCUUGAAGCCGUAUGAAAGUCUGUUGCGGCCCUCUACACAAACAGGUCAGUGCUGAGUUUGUGAAAGGAUGUGGACCUUGACUUGUGUCAAGGAUUGUGCAAGGGAUGUUUUCCCAAACAUUUGAGUCAAAGCUUGUGCUCAGGAAAAAAAAGACUGACAGAAUCAGCUCUGUCCCCUUUGGAAAUGUGAGAAUCUCUCUCCUUUCAUGUUCAAAAGGCGUUGGAGUUUUUGUUCAUUCGUGUCUGUGUUUGUUGUCUUGCUACAAAAUAGUGAUAAUAUAUAUACAUGCUUGCACUCUAGUUAAAUGGCUGCUCGUGAUUGUAGAAGCUGCUUUAAACAGUUGUUGCUGAAACAAAUUGGGGAUUAGACGUUCUGACACUAUUCAAUCUUGUGUGUGUGUGUGUGUGUGUGUGUGUGUGUGUGUGUGUGUGUGUGUGUGUGUGUGUGUGUGUGUGUGUGUGUGUGUGUGUGUGUGUGUGUGUGUGUGUGUGUGUGUGUGUUUUGCUGGGGUUUCUUGAAGGCCUGUUUCUGAGUGUUUGAAAUCUUUCUUCUUCCUUAGCCCUGAGGACUCGCUGUUCCCUUGAGAAGUAAUACAGCUCGUCCUGAAAUCCCACUGUGCACUAUUUGAUAAGAACUUCAGUUCAGUGCCUUUCCUUUAUUUAGCUCUGAAUCCAAAGCACUUUUAUUAAAAAGCCUAAGUAAUUGGUUGACUGUUCCUGUACAAAUUUUGUUCGUGUUAUUUUUUUUUCCCUCUUUUUCCUCUUCCCCUUCCUUGUCUAUGAACCAAUUGUAAAUCCCUUGUUAUAAUUGAAACCACUUCAAGGCUGUUUUUCCCCUGUCAUUUCGUUCAGAGAUGAAUAAAGAAUAGUCUUAGUCAG